UGCGUGGUCAAACUUUGUCUUCAGGCAUAUUACGGGACGCCUACUCGACUUUCGUCAAGCUGGUUAAGGACCCAAGGAUGUCCAUGCUUGCUGAGCCCCGGAGGAAACAGAAGUGGUCUGUUGACCCCAGGAACAGCGCCUGGAGUAAUGAUGACUCCAAAUUUGGCCAGAAGAUGCUGGAGCGAAUGGGCUGGUCCAAGGGCAAGGGCCUGGGUAGGAGUGAGCAAGGCUCCACUGACCACAUCAAAGUAAAAGUAAAAAACGACAGCUAUGGGCUUGGAACCAGUGCCAGCUAUGAGGACAACUGGAUUGCCCACCAAGAUGAUUUCAAUGAAGUCCUUGCUCAACUGAACAACUGCCAUAGUCAAAACAACAGCAACGAGCCUCCACCCGAUGAGCAGAAAGGCUUCAGCUUGGAAGAGAAAUCGAAGACCUCCAAAAAGAGGGUCCAUUACAUGAAGUUUACUAAAGGGAAGGACCUGUCCUCCCGUAGUGAAACAGACCUUAAUUGUAUAUUUGGGAAGAGAGCAACAGUUGCCAAAGACCAGGAGAGCAACAGCAGUGAUUCUCAGGGUGAGGCGGAGGAGAAUCCGACUCCUGCUACUCCUGAACUGGAUACAGAGUCCAAGACGGUGACGAGUACUCUCACUAUGCAGGAGUAUUUUGCGCAGCGAAUGGCUCAGCUGAAGAAGGCUCGGGGACAGGCCCAGAGUGCAACAUCCCCAGGGGAGACGGAGACCACCGAGACAUCACGUCCACCCGAGGAACCCAGUCCCAUCCACAGUAGCAACAAUGACACGGUGGAGCCCAAAAAGAAAAAGAAGAAGAAUAAGAAGAAAAAGGCAACGGAUGAGGUGGAAAUGGUAGAAGACAAGAGUAGUACUCCCAUUGUAGUGGAAGAUGAUGACAACCAGGAGCAGGAACGUUCAAAGAAAAAGAAGAAAAAGAGGAAAAUGGCAGAAAACGAAGAUGCUACAGACGAGAACUGCAGCUCCACCUCUGGUGUGGAGCAGAACUGUGAGGAGCUGCCUCCUUCCAAAAAGAAAAAGCUUAAAAAGCACAAUAAGGAAACUGAGGUACUAAAUGGACACGAGCCAUCUGAGGAGCAAACUGCAGAAUCAGAAGUUGUACAGAAAAAGAGAAAGAAAGUUCGAGAGGAGGCGGGCGAUGUUGUAGAAGAGGACAAGGAGGACGUGGUGGAGAAGAAAUCCAAAAAGAACAAGAAAAAGAAGAAGAAACAUCAAGAAUAGGGUGGAGUUAGGAGUUUGUGCUGUUAUCCUGGAGGCUCGCAUGUAUGAAAAAAAUGCUUUUUCAUGCACCAAUCAAAUAUCAUUUGUAUGUACAACCUAAUUACCUGUCCAUGACGAACACUUGGCUUCAGUGAGGAGAGAGGAGGUUUGAUAUUUGGUCAAGCUGCCCAGUAAAGUGUCAGACACUGGGAUACACAACCGUUACUGCAGGUGGUAAGAUGCCUCGAUGAGAAGAUUGAUUCCACUCACGUCUGCACAGUAUAUAUGAAGCUAAGGACUAUACCAUAACAGCCCAUAAAACCACUACAUGUUGUUUUCACUCAUUGGAUUUUGUUCUGUUUCAACAAACAAGACAUGACAUGAUAAUUACAGCGUUUUCUGAGAUGCUGGUUGGUGGAUACCUUUAGUCAGAGCUGGGCUAGCUGUUUACAAUCUUGAUCCUAAGCUAAGCUAACCACCUGCUGGUUGCAGCAUCAUAUUUACUGUACAGACAAGAGAGAGGCAUUCAUGUUCUCAUUCAACGAAUAAACGUAGGCCCCAAAAUGUUAAACUAUUCCUUUAAUCUGUUCAGAGUUUAUUUCUUUCUGUUCGACUGGCCCCACAAUGUGUAAACUGCAUUAAUACAGACAUCACAAGCUGACAGACUAUUUUAACCAGCCCUCUUUAAGAUAAUAAGGUUUUUGCAGAUGCCAUCGUUGUGUAUGUUUCCAUAUUAAAUAUAUAAGCAAAAUUUCAAUAGCUUUUAUUUUCUAGCCGGCAAUUAUUUUUAUUUUUUAUCUAUAUCUUCAAAUGACAGAUAUCCCAGUGUCAAAUGAAACUCUCCAUAUUGUUAAAGUGACCCAGAGUCAGUUUUGUAACAACAACAGAAGCACAUAAAAAUGAUCUGAUUUAUGAGCUGAAAAACGUUGGUGCUUUACCUGGAUCAAAUCCCUUUUUAAAUAAAUCCAGAUGCUUGUG